UCACAUGUUUACUGUUGCCUGUUAUAGACCAGGAGAAGAGGUUAGAGUACCCCAGCUUCCCCACCACACCCCGUGACUUGGUGAGACCAGUUGGAGGUGAGGCCGUGUUUGAGUGUUCCACAGCUGGAACCCCAGAACCGGAGAUUAAAUGGUAUAAAGAUGGUCGGGUACUGAUUGCCACUGAAGGAGUCAGAAUGACAACAGAAGGCAACAGACACAGACUUGAGCUGAGAUCUGUCCUCAGAUCUGACCAGGGAGAGUAUGUCUGCAAGGCAACCAAUCUGGCGGGUACCAAAUCUUGUGGAGCUGUACUGACGGUUACAGCUGAUAUCGCGGGCCUCCCACCGCCCCCAUUAAUAAGUUGCAUUUUGAAAGAUAUAAGAAAUACCCUAGUAACCCAAAGGG